GCUCUUGUGGAAAACAGCUGUUAGAAGCAUUUGACUUUUUUUUGACUUUGAUACAUUUUCUUGAGCGCAAUUAAAGCGCAAGGACCAAACAAUGCGUAAUGUGCCGAAAUCCCUCGGUCUCUCGGUCACAACUCCAGGCGGCAGUUCGGGUGCUCCGGACAGCGGACGCCACAACAGCUUGGAGGACAUCAAUCUGGACCAGUUCCUGAAGACCUCCAACUACGAGGACACCGUGAAGCAGCUGGACAUUUACUAUGGCAUCGUUAAGCGCCAGUUGCUGCGCUACCAGAGCCCCAUCACCGGGCUGUUUCCCGUGAUGAGCACCGACCAGGUGGUGGGUUCCGUGCGGGACAGCGUCUACUGUGCCUCCGCCGUCUGGAGUUUGUACCAGGCCUACCGGCGCAUCGACGAUGACCGGGGCAAAUCCUACGAGCUGGGCCAGAGCACGGUGAAGUGCAUGCGCGGCAUUCUGGAGUGCUGGGUGAAGCAGGCAUCGCGGGUGGAGCUCUUCAAGCAGCGCCAGUCCAACCAGCAUGCUCUGCACAGCAAGUUCCAGCUGCACACCGGCGAGAAGAUCUAUCCGGAUGAGUUCUACAACCACCUGCAGAUCGAUUGCGUAUCUCUCUAUCUGCUGUUCCUCGUCCAAAUGAUAACCUCUGGCCUGCAGAUCAUCUACACCCACGACGAGGUGGCUUUUGUCCAGAAUCUGGUGUACUAUGUGGAGCGUGCGUACCGUACGCCCGACUUUGGCAUGUGGGAGCGUGGCUCCAAGUAUAACAAUGGCACCCCCGAGAUCCAUGCCUCGUCCAUUGGCAUGGCCAAGUCCGCCUUGGAGGCCAUCAAUGGCUGCAACCUGUUCGGCGAGAAGGGAGCUUCGUGGAGCGUCGUCUAUGUGGACAUUGAUGCGCACAACCGCAAUCGCAGUAUUUUCGAAACCAUGCUGCCCAGGGAGUCCAGCUCUAAGGGUGUGGAUGCCUCACUACUGCUCACACUUUCCUUCCCAGCUUUUGCCUCGCAUGAGGACCGCCUGGUGGAGCAGACCAAACAAAAUGUUGUCAACCGUUUGCGCUGCAAAAUGGGCUUCAAGCGCUUCACACGCGAUGGAUUUCUCAGCAAAAACGAGGACAAAUCACGUCGCUAUUAUCACUCUGGCGAGUUGAAGGAAUUCGAAGGCCUGGAAUGCGAAUGGCCGCUCUUUUUCAUAGCCAUGAUCAUCGAUGGCGUGUUCAAGAACAACAAUGAACAGAUCGAAGAGUUCCAGAACGAUCUGCGACGCUGUUUGCGCACCGAUGUCAAUGGCGAUCCCGUGGUGACGAUGUACUAUGCCCCGGACGGAGAUGGUUCCUACAUGCGUGCCCCCUCGCAGUCGCUGUUCCUCUGGGGACAAUCCUUCUUCAUCAUAGCCCAACUGCUGACCGCAGGACUACUGCACAUCAACGAAUUGGAUCCAAUUCGUCGCUAUUUGCCAAGCUAUAAUCGCCCCAGAAGGGCGGGUCGGUAUUCCGCCUUCCAGGGCAAAGCUAUUGACGAAAAACACAAAGCUAAACCGGGCACUGGAACUGCCACUGAUCUUGUGGUGCAGAUUGUCCUGAUUGCCGAGUCCAUGCGACUGCAGGCCAUGAUGGCCACCUAUGGCAUCCAAACACAGACGCCCCAUGAGGUGGAACCUGUGCAAAUCUGGAGUUCCACGGAGCUCAUCAAAGUCUAUCAACAUUUGGGAGUCAACAACAAGGUUGGCUUGUCCGGUCGUCCAUCGAGACCGGUGGGAUCCCUGGGCACCAGCAAGGUGUAUCGCAUCUGCGGCAUGACCGUUCUCUGCUAUCCACUGAUCUUCGAGGUCUCCGAUUUCUAUCUGUAUCGGGACAUGGCUCUGCUGAUCGAUGACAUCAAGACGGAGCUGCAGUUCGUGGGCAAAUAUUGGCGCUUGUCGGGCAGACCCACGGUGUGCCUGCUCAUCCGGGAGGAGCACAUGCGGGAUCCGCAGUUCAAGGAGAUGCUCGACCUGCUGGCCAUGCUCAAGAAGGGCUACUGUGACGGCAUGAAAGUUCGCAUCGGUCGCCUGCAGAACCUGAUUAGCAGCUCUUGCAUCGAGCAUCUGGAUUUCAUGAAUCAGAGCGAUCUGACCGACAAUGAGAAUGCAUUCUCGCAGAUUAACCACGAGUACAUUGGCUAUCAAUCCCUGACAGAUGUUCCCAAAGCUUUGACUUACGUGGAGGAGAAGAUUUCCGUUGCGCACUUUGAUACCAAACCCACGCCGGAUAUUAUAAAUGCACUGCGAAACACCGAUUCCAUUUACUGCUUGUGCCAACUAUGGGGUAUUAUUCUGAACCGCGAGGGUCCGCACUUUGAGGUGAAUGGUCUGAAUGUAAGCACGGCCUUGACGCAGCUCUACCAUCGCGCUGGUUCCCUGCGCUACUGGCGUGCCGUACGCUACUGCUCCUCUCUGCUCCACCACAUCGUGGACUCCAUCAGUCCGUUUAUUACCACUGUGCUGGUGAAUGGCAAGGAACUCACCGUGGGCAUCAUUGGCCAGAAGGAGACGGUGUUCGACAAGCCGAUGACGCCGGCGGAGAUUCAGAAUGUCAUGUACACGAGUGUCCAGCCGUACGACGUCAUCCAGGCGGUACUGCAGCAGGAAGUGGUGCUCUAUUGUGGCCGCUUGAUAGCCACCAAUCCGUCCAUGUUCCGUGGCAUACUGAAAAUUCGAAUUGGCUGGGUGCUGGAGGCCAUGCGAAUCUAUCUGAAAAUCUCGGGUCAGCAGAGCAUCGAUGUGGACAAUCUGUCGCCCUUCCAAGUCCGCAUACUGCUUCAGAAAGUUCUAACCGUCAGCGAGUGGGCUGUGGAGGAAAAGCUAACUACCCUACAACGCCGUCAGCUGGAGGGCUGCUUGUGCCGUGUGCCCAAACAUUUCUACAACAAAAUCUGGGAGAUCCUCCAGAGAACGCCUCAGGGUAUUUUGACCCAGGGUCAUCACCUGCCCGCCACUCCCACUCUGACCAACAUGAGUCGCGGCGAGCUGACCUUCAAUUUGCUGGUCGAAGAGACUCUGAUUUGCAUUGAUCGACCGGAAAGGCGUCAAAUAACCGUGGAACUGCUGUGCAUUGUGGCCACUAUUCUGAAUCGCAAUCCUGAGCUGCACUUCAAACAAGCUCUUGAUUUGGACGGCAUCUUGGCGGAGGCGUUUGCCAUGUACUGCAAGGACAACAACAUACAGUUGCAGCCGGAGCCGCAGCCUCAGCAGACCAAGAAGGAGGAUCUCAAGGCGUUCUACUCGCUGCCAUAUUCGGAGACCACGGGCUACUUGGCUCGUGCCGCCGUCAACAAGGUGUUGCAGGGCGGCAUAUUCUCCACCGCCGAGGAGGAUGUUCAGCUCGAUGGCGAUCGCUUGCACGACGACAACUGCAAGGUGUCCUAGACGGAGGGACCCUCGACAUUAGAUUAUGUAUAUAGCACAGUUUGGCAUAUCUUCGAUGCACUGACCCACUGACCAUUAGCUCGAAUUUAGUGGUUUUUUUAUUCUGUUAUUCUUAUUUAACUUGUCUCUCUCUGUGUCCCUUGCCGUUCUUCGUUUGCCUAGUUCUUAAUUAAAUGUUAUGUAUAGUUUUUGUUGCAAUAA